GCGAUUCAGUAUUCAAAUGCGCCUUGACCAAGUCUGAUCUGAAAAAUGUUUGCAAAACUAUUGCAAAGCCCAAAUUGUGUGCUGCACCGCAGAAAUCGCUAUCAAUUUCUGUCCACGCUGUUCAUAAACCUGAUAUGCAUUGCACAUGGCAUUGGCGUCGGCUGGCUGUCGCCCACAUUACGUAAGAUACAAUCCGUUGAUUCGCCCCUCGACUUCUCGCUGAGCAUCUCGGAAAUCUCCUGGGUGGGCUCCGCCCUGGGCCUAGGCGCCGUGGUGGGCAACAUUCUGAUGGGACUGCUUCAUUCUCGGCUCGGCAGUCGCCUCAGCCUGCUCUUCAUAGCCUUCCCACACUCGUGCCUGUGGAUCCUUGUCUACUUUGCUAAGAGCGCGGAGUAUCUGUUCAUCGGACGCUUCCUGGCCGGUAUCUCUAGUGGUAGCAUGUACAUCGUACAUCCGAUAUUCCUGAGUGAAAUCUCUGAUGCCAAAAUCCGAGGGACUUUCGGGUCUAUGGUAAUGCUCUCUGUAAACGUUGGAGUACUCCUGGGCUACAUACUGACCACCCAUCUGGCCUACCACAUAAUUCCGUUCGUAGUGCUCCUAUUACCCAUUAGUUACUUCAUUUCCAAUCUCUUCUUCAUACGCGAGUCUCCCAUGCACCUCAUUCGCAAGGGAAAGUACUCGGAAGCUGAGCAGUCCUUCAGAUACUACAAGAACAUCAGAGAAGACAGUCAGAUGAGCGAAAUGUACGAAUUCGAGGCUAUGAAGGAGGCAUUGACACAGAGCGAUAAGAACUUGGAUAGAGUCACCAUCAAGGACUUCCUAACUCGACCUGCCAUCAGAGCUUAUGGUUCAGCCAUUGUGCUAGUUAUUGUGAAUCAAUUUAGUGGACUUUUUGCGAUGAUCAACUAUAUGUCGGACAUAUUUGCCCUAUCGGGCAGCACUAUGGAUCCAGAUACUUGUACCAUUGUGAUUGGCAUAGUUCAGAUAUUGGGCUCAUACACGACAACGCUUCUCUGCGAUAUCUGGGGUCGACGAAUCCUGCUGAUUGUCUCCUCAGCUGGGGUGGCUAUCAGUUUGACUUCCUUUGGUCUGUACAGCUACUACGCCCAGUGGUACGAUCUGAGUGAAUGGAGCUGGGUCCCACUGCUGUUCAUGUCUUCGUACAUCUUUCUGGGCAAUGUAGGACUCAUUGGCUGCUUCUUUGUGGCACUCGUUGAGGUGUUUCCGCUGAAGAUACGCUCUAAAGCUGCGUCGAGUGCAAUCGUUGCUUGCAGCAUGUUCGUGUUUUUGGCACUAAAGACUUUACCUAUAUGCUUGGAUCAAUGGGGUAUAUCGGUGACGAUGUGGUCUUGUGCGGGCAUCACAGCAUUUGGUUUUGUUUACUUUAUUCUGUUCCUGAAGGAAACCAAGGGCAAGUCUAUGCUCGAAGAUUGAGGCG